AUGGCGACAACGACUGCUACUCAAAUUGAACUUCAAUCCUUUCCCAAUGAUUCUUCACCUUGGGUUCCAGGUACAAGAGGUGAAUCCGAUCUCGAAGAUAUCAGACAAGAUACAACUCCACCCACAAACGCUGUAGAAGCUUUACAGAGCUGGAAUUAUCCCCCCGAGAAUGUUUUUCGAGUGGGAGCUUCAUUUUGGGCUUUCUUUCUCAUGGGAAUGAAUGAUGGUUCUUAUGGUCUGGAACAAUAUUACCAUUUAUCCUACACCAUCAUAUCUCUGAUCUUCCUCUCCCCUUUUGCGGGCUACACAUUCGCAUCCUUAAUCAAUGAUUCUGUACAUGUGCAUUUUGGUCAACGAGGUGUAGCCAUCAUCGCAGGACUGUGUCAUCUCAUUUCCUACAUAGUAUUAUCUCUUCAUCCCCCAUAUCCAGUUCUCGUCGUCAUGUUUAUCUUCGUGGGAGUGGGUAAUGGACUUUUGGAUGCAGCUUGGUGUGCGUGGAUUGGUAAUAUGGUAAGUGCGAAUCAGGUGCAGGGAUUUUUACAAGCUUGUUAUUCAUUGGGUGGGACGGUUGCACCUUUGAUCUCCGCGGCAAUGUUGGCUAAAGCGGGAUUGGAGUGGUAUUAUUUUUACUAUAUUAUGACAGCAGUAGCAGCCACUGGGCUCAUUAUCUCUACCUGGGCCUUCUGGGCGCAAACUGGUCAUGUAUAUGCAUUAGAGAAUCCUCGAGAUGCAAAUACCAAGACAGGAAGACUUAGAGAAGCAUUAAGUCAUAAAUUGACUUGGAUCUUCGCUGGCUUCAUCUUUGGUUACGUAGGAGCUGAAGGUAUUUCCUCUCAACAACGGCAUACUUUCACAUUAUUGACAAAUAUCACAGUAUCCCUCGGAGGUUGGAUCGUGACCUUCAUGACCCAAGUCCGCUCUGGUACAACCUUCUCUUCAUCCCUUACCUCCACAGGUUUCUGGGCCGGCAUGACAGUCGGCCGUAUGUGUCUAGCUUUCUUGACCGCCUGGCUCGGUGAAUUCACAUCUGUGCUCGUCUACCUCGGAAUUUGCUUCGUUCUCGAACUACUUUUCUGGCUCAUUCCUUCAUUCUACGUCUCAGCCGUCGCAGUAGCACUUCUAGGCAUGUUUCUCGGUCCAUUAUUUCCAACAGCUAUUGUACUGGUAACGAAACUCAUGCCAAAAGAGCUACAUGUCGGGAGUGUUGGAUUUGCGACUGCGUUCGGAGGAAGUGGAGGAGCAGUAUUUCCAUUUAUUGUAGGGGCACUAGCGCAAGCUAAGGGAGUAAAAGCAUUGCAGCCGGUUGUGUUGGCGCUAAUAGUGGCGAUUUCUGGUCUAUGGAUGUUGGUUCCUAGGAAAGGAAAAAGAUAUGAGGAUAACCGGGAGAGGGAGUCCGGAGAAGGAGUCUUGAUGCCAAAUUGA